AUGGCUUCCGUCUGGUUCCUGUUCUGCCUGGCCUUCCUUGGUGCUGCCCAUGGUUGUGGCACUCCGGCCAUCCACCCGGUCUUGAGCGGCUAUUCCCGAAUUGUCAAUGGAGAGGAGGCAGUGCCUGGAUCAUGGCCCUGGCAGGUAUCCUUGCAGGACAACACUGGCUUCCAUUUCUGCGGAGGUUCUCUGAUCAGCGAGAACUGGGUGGUCACCGCAGCCCACUGCAACGUCAGGACAAGCCACCUGGUGGUUUUGGGUGAAUUUGACCAACGCAAUCCUGCUGAAGACGUUCAAGUCAUCAAGAUUGCCCAGGUUUUCAAGAACCCCAAGUUCAACCUUUUCACAGUGAAGAACGACAUCACCUUGUUGAAGCUGGCCACCCCAGCCCAGCUGACGGCUCGCGUGUCUCCCGUGUGUCUGCCCCAGGCCACAGAUGACUUCCCCGGGGGCAUGACCUGCGUCACCACUGGAUGGGGCCUUACCAAACACACGAACAAGGACACUCCAGAUAAACUGCAGCAGGUGGCCCUCCCUCUGCUGACCAAUGAGCAGUGCAAGAAAUAUUGGGGGGCUCGCAUUGCUGACGUCAUGAUCUGUGCUGGUGCUGCAGGGGCUUCCUCUUGUAUGGGUGACUCUGGUGGCCCCUUGGUGUGCCAGAAGGAUGGCGCCUGGACCCUCGUCGGGAUUGUCUCCUGGGGCAGCGGCACUUGCUCCCCAUCCAGCCCAGGGGUCUAUGCCCGAGUGACUGAGCUCCUUCCCUUUAUUGAGGAAACGCUAGCUAAGAACUAA